UGCACGUGGUUAUUUGCGCCAAUGGCGCCUAUUCAUUUCGUUGUACACGUGCUUUGAAACUGUUUUACACGAAAUGGAAAGCGAAGCAAAGGACAACUGCUAUAUGAAACCGCUUGAGUUGCUCUGUGGCCGUGAUCUAGUGAAAAUAUGCGCUCCGAUGGUGCGUUAUUCGAAGCUGCCGUUUCGCAUGCUCGUCAGAAAAUAUGCCGUCGAUGUGGCAUACACACCCAUGAUCAUGUCUGACUCGUUUGUAAAGUCGCAGAAGGCUCGAGAUGCCGAAUUCACUACCGGACCCGGAGAUCGACCUCUAGUUGUGCAGUUUGCAGCAAACAAUGCCAUUGAUUUAGCCAAUGCAUCCGAGCUAAUUUUCAAGCAUGCUGAUGGUGUGGACCUUAACUGUGGCUGCCCACAACGAUGGGCCAUGGCAGAAGGCUACGGGGCAUGUCUCAUAGAGAAACCCGAACUAGUCCGCGACUUAAUUCACCAGACAAGAAAUCGGAUAGCGGACCCGGACUUCACAGUGUCGAUGAAGAUCCGCAUCCACAAAGACAUACGGAGAACGGUAGACCUGUGCAGAAAAGUCGAGUCGUGCGGUCUUUCUUUUCUGACGGUUCAUGGGCGAACAAAGGAGCAGCGAUCUGAGCCUGUGGAUCUGGAAGCCAUCAGAAUCAUCAAAGAGAGCCUAGAUAUUCCAGUUGUUGCAAACGGAGACGUCAACUCGGUAGAACGUGCUCAAGAGGUAGCGAGGAUUACGGGUGUUGAUGGUGUCAUGGCUGCGCGGAGUCUUCUGGAAAAUCCGGCGAUGUUUAGCGGAGCGAAAUUUACUCCAGCAUGUUGUGUCCAGGACUGGCUCGACCUGUCAGCAUCGCUGGGUUGCCACUUCACACCGUUUCAUCACCACCUUAUGUUCAUGCUUGAUCAUGCACUACCUCGGACAGAAAAACGUAUCUUCAAUGUGCUCAGCAGCACUUCUGCUGUUUUGGACUAUCUUCAUAGUGUGUACAGCUUCCAGAGUUCUAGUGACAUAGUGCAUAAAUUUUGGACAUUAGAUUGUGGAGGUGAUGGAAACUAGUUGAGUAAAGGUGUAUACAAUUU